AUGGGUGACGUUUUAGUAGAAAACCCAGCUAAUAGCGUGGCACCAUAUAACAAGCCUAUCCCGUCAACCAUCCCGAACGUCGAGAGUAUUGAGGGCAUACCUGCGCAGGGCGGAGAUGAAUAUGCAGUAUUAAAAAAGCUACAAGGGCACCUGGAAUAUAUCCAGUUACAGGAGGAAUACAUCAAGGAUGAGCAAAGGAGCUUAAAACGCGAACUUGUUCGGGCACAGGAGGAGAUCAAGAGAAUUCAGAGUGUGCCGCUAGUUAUUGGUCAAUUUAUGGAGGCCAUUGACCAGAAUACCGGAAUAGUCCAAUCUAGCACAGGAUCCAACUAUGUCGUCCGAAUCCUAUCUACUCUCGACCGUGAGAAGCUUAAGCCCUCGUCCUCCGUCGCCCUUCAUCGGCACUCCAAUGCCCUCGUCGAUAUCCUACCCCCCGAGGCCGAUUCCUCUAUCGCCAUGCUUGGUGCCGAUGAGAAGCCAGACGUGACGUAUGCUGAUGUCGGUGGCCUCGACAUGCAAAAGCAAGAGAUUCGCGAAGCCGUCGAGUUACCCUUAACCCACUUCGACCUCUACAAGCAGAUCGGUAUCGACCCUCCGCGCGGUGUCCUACUUUACGGCCCCCCCGGUACGGGGAAGACGAUGCUUGUCAAGGCUGUCGCGAACUCCACAACGGCUAACUUUAUCCGAGUCGUUGGCUCCGAAUUCGUCCAGAAGUACCUUGGUGAGGGUCCUCGCAUGGUCCGUGACGUCUUCCGCAUGGCCCGCGAGAAUUCCCCCGCCAUUAUCUUCAUCGACGAGAUCGACGCCAUCGCCACCAAGCGUUUCGACGCCCAAACCGGUGCCGACCGUGAGGUCCAACGUAUCCUGCUAGAGCUGCUCAACCAAAUGGACGGUUUUGAUCAGACUUCCAACGUCAAGGUCAUUAUGGCCACGAACCGUGCCGAUACCUUAGAUCCUGCGCUCCUACGACCCGGUCGUCUCGAUCGGAAGAUCGAAUUCCCCAGCUUGCGUGAUCGCCGUGAGCGUCGUCUUAUCUUCGGUACCAUCGCCAGCAAAAUGAGCCUCGCCCCCGAAGUCGAUCUGGAUAGUCUUAUCGUCCGCAACGAUCCCCUUAGCGGCGCCGUCAUUGCUGCCAUCAUGCAAGAGGCCGGUCUCCGUGCCGUCCGCAAGAACCGUUACAAUAUCAUCCAGUCUGACCUCGAAGACGCUUACUCCAGUCAGGUCAAAGGAACAAGUGAUGAGAAUAAGUUCGAUUUCUACAAAUAG